CUUCGUCAAAAGUUUUCUCUGCGCUUAACACAGCCCUGCGCAGGGGUGAGCCAAGUCGUGAAAGGGGCUCCCUAUAACUUAAACUCCAUUAAAACUAUCUGUCACAGUACGUGCGUCGGUCUGAAUAUGGGUUGUCUCGGGCAAAGCUGGCUAAUAUGGGUUACGCUUCUAGAUCUUUCAAUCUCAACUCUAGGUAUUAGCCGGCUGGAGCUGUUCCCCUAUGGUCCCAGCGCAGGAGAUGAAUUGCUAGAUUCAGGGAAUGAUCAGACGCGCGUAUUUACACUGGAUCACCCACUGAUGUUCUUCGAUGGAAAGUUCAGCAAGAUCUACGUGAACACCAAUGGAUUCAUUGCCACAGCAACACCAGCAAAAGAGGAAGAGUACCUGGGAAAGAUGCCAGCCAGAUUUGGCAUGAUCGCCGCCCUGCUGGGAGAUCUGGACACCAGUGACGGGGUGGGUAAGGUGUACUUCCGUCAGGACUCAAGCCCAUCCACGCUGCAGCUAGCGGGAGACCACGUGAGCAGGGCAUUCCCUGACGAUGAUGAGGUGACCCCCACACACGUCUUCAUCGUCACCUGGGUGGACAUGACCACACACAAGGUCCUGUCUCGAGGACCUGGGCCACAUCACAGGAGGAACACCUUCCAGCUUGUGAUUGCAUCGGUGGAGUCCACCUCCUACGCCAUCCUGCUGUACCCGAGAGAUGGACUGAAGUUCCUCUCUACCCACAACCCGGACGGCAGGAGCUCAGUGAUCCAUGCCGGUUUCAGUAAGGGGCAGACAGGAUCUUCGUCCUGGUCGAGACAAGGGGUGUAUUAUCGCACCACUGAUGACAAGGAGGCCUCCGUCCAGUCCCUUUCAGAGAAGACCAACUCGGGAAAGCGUGGCGUGUGGGUGUACGAAAUAGGAACGCACCCAUACUUCACAAACGUGGCACCAGGGGAAGUGACCGACCUUCCGCCCGAAGACCUGGCGGACUCUGGCCUCUACUACCCCAGGCAGGGGCAGCAGCAGGUGGUUGAGUACCCCACCUACCACCCCGUGGCAGAGGAGCUUGAGCAGGUGGACCUCUACCAGAGCCCAGCUCGUCCCCUGCCCAUCCAUCCUGUCCAGUACCAGCCUCACCAGCAGCAGCAGCAGACGGAUGACCUCGCCCUUCUGGACAGUGACAUCCAGGUCAAUGUGUUCUCGUACAACUCGGACACCUGUGAGAACAACCGACAGAAGUGCUCCCCGUUUGCUGACUGCAAGGACCACGCCAGCGGCUACUGCUGCCACUGCCGACCUGGGUACUUCGGUAACGGCAAGCAGUGUGUGUCUCAAGGAAAACCUCAACGGAUGAAUGGGAAAAUGCACGGUAGGGUGUACGUGGGCAACUCGCCCUAUCCCGUGGACUUUGCCAGCAAUGAUCUGCACUCGUAUGUGGUGUCCAACGACGGGCGAGCCUACGUGGCCAUCAGUGCCAUCCCCCUUGGAGUGGGCAUCUCCCUGCAGCCCCUUGCGGGCAUCGGGGGCGUGAUCGGAUGGGCCUUCGCUCUGGAACAGCCUGGCUACGUCAAUGGUUUUAGCAUUGUUGGCGGAGAGUUCACGCGUAAGGCUGAGGUCACUUUCCUGGAGGGCGGCGAGAAGUUGACCAUCACUCAGGAGUUCAAAGGCAUUGACCAACAUGACCAUCUGGUGGUUGACACCCAGCUUGAGGGCCGAAUUCCGGAGUUACCACAGGGGGCAACCGUGCAGAUCGACCCUUACACCGAGAUCUACCAGUACUCCAACAACAUCGUAACAUCCUCCUCCACUCGUGAGUACGUGGUCAGCUUGGAGGAUGGCACCACAGAAACCAAGAAGUACCAGUGGAGAGAGAGCGUCACCUACCAGAGCUGCGCCCACGACGAAUCUGCCCGGAAAGUUCCCCAGACGCAGAUGCUGCGAGUGGAGCAGGUGUUUGUCAUGUACGACACCACACAACAACUCAUGCGCUACGCCAUGAGCAAUAAGAUCGGGGACAUGAACGGUGGUGGGGGUGUUGAUGAGAAUGCUUGCUACACUGGAAGACAUGGAUGUGACACGAAUGCCAUGUGCCACGCUGGAGAAGGAACCCAAUACACAUGCAAGUGUGCCUCUGGCUUCACUGGGGAUGGCCGCAUCUGCUACGACAUUGACGAGUGUCGAGAAUCCCCACAGGUCUGCAGCACUCAUGCCCUCUGUAACAACCAACCCGGAACGUUCCGCUGCGAAUGUGUUGAUGGCUACCAGUUUGCAAGUGAUGGACAGACCUGUGUUGAGGGGGACCGCCCGGUGGACCACUGCCAGGCCGGUAGCCAUGACUGUGACAUCCCGGAGAGGGCCCGCUGUAGCUACUCUGGAGGCUCGGCUUACAUCUGCUCCUGCUUGCCAGGCUACGUGGGCGAUGGGAGAUCCUGUCAGGAUAUCGAUGAAUGCCAGCCAGGCAGGUGCCACCCUGAUGCCCAGUGUUACAAUACGGACGGAUCUUUCUCCUGCCAGUGUAGACCAGGUUUCUAUGGUGAUGGCUUCUACUGUUCCUCAGAGCGAGAGAAGACACGCUGCGAGACUCACAGAGAGAGUGCCCUCAGUGCCUCUGAGCCUGGCCCACGAGGUCCUCGCCCCCUGCCCGGGCAGUAUGUGCCCACCUGCGACGUGGAGGGCAACUACGAGCUCAUGCAGUGCCACGGCAGCAUCGGCCAGUGUUGGUGCGUGGAUGCCAAUGGCCUGGAGAUCUCUGGCACCCGUACUGGCCCUGGCAGCACGCCAACCUGCAGUGGAGAGACAGGGCCCAUAGUGAGGCCCACCCCCAGGCCAGACAUCUACCCUCUACCCGCCGGCACCAACCUGCUGUUCAGCCAGAGCGGGAGGAUCGAGUACGUCCCCCUGGACGGCUACAGCAUGAAGAAGAGCGAAGCCAAGACAGCUCUACACCUCCCAGAGAAAGUGGUGGUCGGGGUGGCGUACGACUGUGUGGACAAGAUGGUGUACUGGACAGACAUCACCACCCCUGCUAUCAGCAAGGCCAGUGUGCAGGGGGGAGACACCAUUCCCAUUAUCAGAUCAGAUCUGGGGAGCCCUGAGGGCAUUGCCAUAGACCACUUGUCUCGGACCAUGUUUUGGACCGACUCGAUGAAAGACCGCAUCGAGGUGGCAUCUCUGGACGGAGCACAGCGCCGUGUGCUCAUCGACACAGAUCUGGUGAAUCCCCGAGCCAUCAUCGCUGAUCCUGUGAAUGGAUUCCUCUACUGGUGUGACUGGAACAGGGAAGCGCCGAAGAUCGAGGCUUCUCACAUGGAUGGCACCAACCGAAGGCUGCUGGCCAGAGAUGGCCUGAGUCUGCCUAAUGGUUUGACCUAUGAUCCCCAGUCAUCCCUCCUGUGCUGGGCAGAUGCCGGUACCCACAAAAUGGAAUGCAUGAACCCAUCGCAGAGUGAUCGCAGAGAAGUUACUGAGGCCAUUCAGUACCCCUUUGGCCUCACUGCGUACGGGAAGAACCUCUAUUACACAGACUGGACGAGGAAUGCUGUAAUCACAGUGGAUCGUCACACAGGAAGGGAGCUAGAGGAGUUCCAUCCCCAGAAAAAGUCUCGUCUAUAUGGGAUCACAGCUGCCUACGCCCAGUGCCCCUCUGGACAAAAUUACUGCUCAGUCAACAACGGAGGCUGCACACACUUGUGUUUGGCGACACCUGGUGGCCGCACAUGCAAGUGUCCGGACAAUGCCGUAGGAGUGAGCUGUGUAGAAAGUGAAGGGAGGUACUGAGGUCAAACGGUGGAAGAGAGGAAGACCAGACGAAAAACACUCAGCAGCACCCCGGUGACCAUCCAGCCUCGGAAGCUGAGAUACUGACCACUGUACCUGGCACCUCAGUUUCUCAACAACAAGAAGCCACUGAAUCAUGCGCUCAAACUGCUGUGUGCUCAAAAUUAUUUUAUAUAGCCUGUCACAAUUUAUUGUUUUUUUUUUUAAGUUUAUUUCUAAAUCAUAUGAGUAAUAUUUCAGCGAUCAUAUUUGUACAUAAGCCCAUAUCCUAAAUAUAUUAUUGUUAUAUGGUGCUGUUGGGCCCUACAUGGACAUAAGAGGUGUAAGGGAAAUAAUUACUGUGAAGGUUAGCCUACUUCAUUGGCUCUGUGACCUAUAAACAUAGACCUCUGGCUUCCUAUGGGGUAACACUGAAUUAAAGAACCCUUUUGUACUGAUGUUCUUUGAAGUAAUAAUCACUUCAAACAGCUGCAUUUAAAGAAGAGAUGUUCACCUUGUACAGCUGUGCAAUAAAGGUUUUUGGCUGUUUUCUACAAAGAA